AUGGUGCAAAAAAGCGUCUUGGCUACAGCCGCCCUGGUGGCUGGCUCGGCAGCUCAGUUUGCAUCGUUUUCUUCCAGCAACUACGCAUUAGCAGUUAAUGUCCCUUCGGACACUGCCUCAUCUGGGAGCGGUUCACUGUUCCUCCAGAUCAGUGCCCCUAGCGGGACCGAAUGGAUCAGUUUUGGUCAGGGCUCCAGCAUGGCGGGAGCCAACAUGCUCGUUGUAUAUGCUGCCGACAGCACGAAUGUGACUGUGUCCCCAAGACUGGGCACUGGCCACGUUCAACCGCAGUUUAACUCAGACGCCUCGGUGUCGUUGCUAGAAGGAAGUGGUAUUGCGUCGGACGGUUCACUCGUUGCCAAUAUCCGUUGCGAUACAUGCCUGAGCUGGAGUGGUGGUAGCAUGAGCCCAACGGACUCCUCGAGCAGUUGGAUCUUUGCCUUCAAAUCAGGAGACCCUCUCGACUCAACGGACCAAUCUGCCAGCAUUAAACAGCACGACAGCACCGGUGGAUUCACCCUGGAUUUGACUCAAGGUGUGGGCGGCAGCUCAUCAAACCCAUUCGUGGCCGCUUCCAGUGAUUCUUCUUCGUCCUCGGCAGCCCCGUCGGCGACUGCACCUGCCUCUGCUUCUCAAUCCGCAGACGGAACGCCAGCCACCGCAACGGAGUCAGGAACGGCCACCACGAGCACCGUUGUCACACCUACUGGUGGUGUGUCAAACCCCAUUGUGAGCUCCAACCCAUCUUCAUCAAGUGGAACAGUGGUCAGUCUUAGCCCUGGUGACAACAUUCGAACCGCUCAUGCCGUCAUUAUGGCCUUGGUCUUCGUGGUGAUGUUCCCGUUGGCGGCUUUGACACUGUAUCUGCCCUACACCAACAAGGUCCGACAUAUCCAUGCCCCGUUGCAAGUCCUCAGUUUGAUAUUGAUGAUGGUCGGUCUGGGUCUGGGUGUCCAACUCGGCAAACAAGUUGACAAGCUGGAUGAAUAUCACAUGGUCAUUGGAUACAUCCUGGUCGCAUGGAUGGGGGUCUUCCAGCCCGCCCUGGGUCUCCUUCAGCACAUCCAUUUCCGAAAGUUCGGCACGCGCAGCGCUUACGGUCAAACUCACCGUUGGCUGGGUCGUGCCAUGAUCCUCCUCGGUGUCAUCAACGGUGGCUUGGGAUUCAAGACCGUGGGCAUGAUUGGCAGCGAAUAUGUCCCCACCUACUCAGUCGCUGUCUACAGCAUCCUCUCUGCCGUCGUUUUCAUUGUUUACCUCGUGGUGCUACUCUUGCCACGGUACACGAACAGCGCAGACGCGGCACAAAGCCUCGCAGGUGAAAAGCCUCGACCCCGAACUGAAGGUUAUGAGAUGCACCGUCGCUCUUACGAUGCUCGUCGUGGUUGA